AUGUCUUCUGUCAAAAUGGUUUCUCUCAAAGUAGCUCAAGAUUCGGAUUCGGAUAGCAGGAGCCUAAAAUCUUUCUUCUCGGCCAAUUCACAAGGUUCUCCCACAGAUUGUCCCAUUUGCCUCGAGCCAUACGACCCAGCGAGGGUCAAAGUAUCGGUAGGGUUAUGUCAACAUUAUAUUUGCAAACCUUGCUUCGAGAUUCUUACCGAGGACAAAGAGUCAAUGUCUCCGAGCUAUCCUGAUUGGCCUUUAUGUCCGUACUGUUGUGCCCCAAUGCGACAUGGCAGACAAUUACUAUUUCUCCGCGAUCACCUCUUCCCUCAUCGUAAGGGCUUGGAAGUCAACAGCGACGGCUUAACGUACUUCCGGGGCUCUACUUGGACAACAAUUCGCAUGACAACUACGGUUCUCACGCGUCAAUUCAAUAAAGACUCUUUCUACACCGAUAUGAUCCACGAGGUAUCAAGAAGCACGAGAAGAAAGAGUGAUAAUGCCGAGGAAAACCGAGGAGCGCCUGUUGUAAAUUGUACGGAGGCUGAAUUCGACACCCAAGAACUACGAGUCCGAGAAAAGCUGGAUCAAGAAUUCCGCAAACAUCUGGACGACACUGCAGCCAGCAAGAUGCACAAAGAGCGGAGCAUACAUUUUCUAUGCGAGCCAUUUAUUGAUGAAACUAAGUCAUUCGAGACUUGGCUCCAUCGAACCCUGUGGCUCAAUCGUCAACGAAGGAAAGGGUUUGAAACUUCCGAAGUUCUGUUAUACACAACCAGAGUCUAUGAAAGCAUUUUACCUUACAGGGUGGAGAGAAGUUUCCAACGUUCGACGGCGGCCGAUUGGGAGAUCAAGUUCCUUACAUUCAUCAGAAUUCAAAUGACGAUAGCGGUAUCUCGUCCUGAAUUGAAAAACUUCUCGGAAUUAAACGUGUUCUUUCAAAAUAGGAGAGCAAAUUGCGCCGCUACCAAAAUCGUAGAUUCACCUCGAGGAGAGCAUCAUUGGAGAACCUACUGGCAGUUCUCAUACGGUCUUGGCCUCUUAUGGAUUAUUUACACACUGGCUAAACAUUAUACGUUGAUGCCUCUAGAUAUCUACAGAGCAAGAGGUCAAAGUUCUUUGUUUAGGACAUUGCUAGCUAUGAAGCAUGAGUAUGGUUAUUGGCUCUCACCAUAUUGGUUUACACCUGACAGUGAGCGGUUCAUCGAUCGUGUGGAACAGCCACUACUUGCCCCCGAAGUUGACCGGCCGGCUGAGUUACUCGCCCCCGAUGAAGAUCAGCCGUUACUUGCCGCUGACUGA